AUGGCUAACAUCCGAAAAACCCACCCCCUUCUCAAAAUUAUUAACGGAGCAGUUAUUGAUUUACCAACCCCCUCUAAUAUCUCCGCAUGAUGAAAUUUUGGAUCCCUCCUUGGAUUAUGCCUAAUUACACAAACCCUAACAGGACUAUUUUUGGCAAUACACUACACAGCGGAUAUUACCCUCGCCUUCUCCUCAGUAGCCCAUAUCUGUCGAGACGUAAACUACGGCUGACUUCUACGAAACAUUCACGCAAACGGAGCCUCCUUCUUCUUCAUUUGUAUUUACCUUCACAUUGCUCGAGGCCUUUACUACGGCUCCUACCUAUAUAAAGAAACCUGAAACAUCGGAGUCCUUCUUCUACUUCUCGUUAUAAUAACCGCUUUCGUCGGAUAUGUCCUCCCAUGAGGACAAAUAUCCUUCUGAGGAGCAACCGUUAUUACUAACCUCUUAUCAGCCUUCCCUUAUAUCGGAGACACUCUAGUACAAUGAAUCUGAGGUGGGUUCUCCGUAGACAACGCUACUUUAACACGAUUCUUCACAUUUCACUUUCUCCUACCCUUCAUUAUUAUAGGAACAACCAUGCUUCACCUACUGUUUUUACAUGAAACAGGCUCCAAUAACCCAACCGGCCUAGACUCCGAUGCUGAUAAAGUCACCUUCCACCCCUACUUCUCAUACAAAGACCUACUAGGAUUCACUAUUUUAUUAGCCACCCUUUCAGCCUUAGCACUUCUAAAUCCAAACUUACUAGGAGACCCAGAAAACUUUACCCCAGCUAAUCCACUAGUCACACCACCUCACAUUAAACCAGAGUGAUACUUCCUAUUCGCAUAUGCCAUCUUACGGUCAAUUCCUAACAAACUCGGAGGUGUUCUCGCACUUUUAUUCUCAAUUCUAAUCCUAGUAGUAGUACCAACCCUGCACACCUCUAAACAACGAAGCAACACCUUCCGCCCAUCUUCACAAACCUUAUUCUGAAUUUUAGUAGCAAAUAUACUAGUGCUAACAUGAAUUGGAGGGCAACCAGUAGAACAUCCAUUCAUUAUUAUUGGUCAAGUUGCAUCGGUAUUAUACUUUAUAUUGUUUCUAUUUUUUAUCCCUCUGUCAGGAUGACUAGAGAAUAAAAUCCUAGACUGAGCCU